GUACAUUGAACAUCAUAACUUUUCCGUUUCUCUACUCCUACUGCGAGUAUGGGAAAGUUCUUCUGUGGUCUUAUGAAAUUUGUUUACGGCAGUUCGAAAUAAGACUGACCAUCUUACAGACGAGUGAGAAAUGGCGCUACUAUGUAAUGGUGUCUGAAGGCGGUUUAUCGUCUGGUGGCGGAUCUAGUCUAGAAUCAUCUGACGACUCCGAUAUUCCGGAUUCUCGUUUGGAUAAUCUUGUUGACGAUAUAAUUGGUAAACUCUCACUAUACACAACCUGCGAACAGUCUGGGAUGACCAUAAAAAAUCGAAAAGAUAGACUUAAGUCUGAAAGAGACCCGCCAGGGACUUCUACGAAUAGUCGACAUAGUUUCGGCUAUAAGCCGUAUCCUUAUAGCGAAGAACGUAAAGAUAUUCUCUCUCAUCGUAAUAGACACCGCUGUUCUCACCAUGAGCCCAAUAUUAGUCAAGAUAUUGAAGCUCCCCACUCACCCUUGACCUACCCAUUCCCUAUUGAUGCAUCCAUUUUCCCUUCUCAUGGGGCUUUCACCCAUCCCCAACGUUUAGUAUCUCAGCAGCAUGAGUCCCUUAACGCUGGCGAAUGCAGACCACAUGUACGAGAAAAUAAGUCAAACCAGGUAAUACCUCAACCCAAUGUGGUAGAUGACGGCUCUGGCAACAACAGUGAGGAUGAAUACUAUUUCGGGAAGCAAGGCAGAAGGGGUUCACCCACCCAGCCUGCAGAUGAUUGUCUUGAACGAUUGCUAGCAGAAAAGAAGGGGUGGAAGUUAAUUAAGGUGGGAUCUGAUGGUGCUUGUUUGUUCCGUAGUGUUUCUCAUCAAAUAUUCGGUGAUGAAGAGAAGCACGAUCUAGUUCGUUCGCAGGUUAUAGAUUACAUGGUGAAAAACAAGGAGCACUUUUCACAGUACUUGACAGAGGACUUCGAUCACUAUAUAUCACGCAAGAGAGAUGCUUCUUGUUACGGAAAUCAUGUGGAGAUCCAGGCUAUCGCAGAACUAUACAACAGACCUGUCGAAAUAUACCAUGGUUCAGUGGAACCCAUUAAUGUUUUCCAUGCUGACUAUUCUAAGGAGUUUCCUAUCAGACUUAGCUACCAUGGCCGUGUCCACUAUAAUUCAAUAGUGGAUCCUUUCAACCCUUCAUUUGGUCACGGUCUAGGGAUGCCUAACUACCAACCCAGUUUGGCUGAACCAGACCUUAUUGCUCGCGCAAUCAGAGAGUCUGAAAGUACCCACCUUGAAGAGGCUAUGCUACGUGAUAAAUUAGCGGAAACAGAACAGGAUGCAAUUAAUCGGUGUAUUGAAGACCAAGCUGUCAGGGAAUCUUAUUUCGAUUAUUUCAAUCAGAUCUCAGUACCGAAGGUAAGGGAUUCAGCUAACUCUCUUUCCACACCCGACCAUCUGGACCUACAUGGUGAUCAGCGGGAAGCAACAUUAACAUCCGGAUUCCCUACAGGUUUGGCAAGAAGUUUCGACGUAGCAUCUUCAUCAAAAGCCGCAGUUCCCGAUUCAAAACAGUACAGAAAUCCAGCAAAUGAACCGCUACCUAGUUCAUCUCAUUCUCAAACUGAUUUGGGUUCGCGUCAUAUCCCACCCAAUAUGCUAGGUAAGUUUCCGGUCGUUUACAUGAUUAACGAGGAUGAAGUUUCGUAAUACGCACUAAUUCAGCUUGUAGUCAAUGUUUCAUGGUCUCAUGAUGCUCUUUAACUGUGUUGUCGGUUACUUUGCAUCAGUCCUGGUUAUCAAAUGGGUAAAAGAAAUAUGAUCUAGUUCAAAUUGGGGUGCUAAGGAAUCUUCCUAAACAAUUUUACUACAUUUUUUCGAACUGGUUGAUCGUGAAAAACUGGCGGGUAACAAAAUUUCGGGUUGAGCUUAGUAUUUCGACAUAUGUGCUAACAAUUUCCAUUCCCACCAGGACAGUAAAUCUACAGGAUAUGAUAGACUGACAAUUAACUCACUUCAUCCAUUAACCAACUGCAUUUACAGUCAAGUCGACACUAAUUCCAGUAGUGAAUUUAUUGGUAGUGUUUAGUUGGCGUAUUGAAACAAUGCUAUCUGUUCUUGAGCUGCAAAUGACCUAAAUAAUAUAGUAGCGAUGAUAACGCGAAAGGUUAAACGUUCGAAGUAUGGUUCGGAAAGGCCGAGUGGAAAGGUAUAUAUAGAAGGAUACUAGCAUUCAAUGUCGAGAGGGAGAUAAAUGGUGGAUGAACCUGCGCCACUAAAUGCCAUCUAAAGUUUUCAACCAAUCGCAGCGGUUGUUGCGCGGACCCCAAUAAGAUAAACUGCAUCCAUCCAUUAAUAUAUUUCAGACCACAAUGACUUUAUGGGCUGAUGUUGUGUCUUGGUUUGAUUGCGUCUAGCUUCCAACUCACUUUUACACUGCGCGGUGUGUGCGGAAUGUCCGCUUCUUCUUAAAGUGUGAAUUCGAAUCCAUAUUAUCCCUCAGUUUAUGCCAGACUCGUUUUAAGGUAAACCCAUCUCCACACUAAAUGUAAACAAACAUCAGGUUUACUUAAAAGUAUGAAUCCCAUAUAAAGUUGCGGCUUCGAAAUGAACUUGUACUGGGUUAGAUCCUCACAAUAUUCUAACGUACUGAUAUUUCCACGGGCUGUAAAUACAUUGGCGUAACUUCCUUACUAGAGGAAUUUCAUAGUCUUCGAAGGACAAGGUUAGAAGUGACUUUCUGAUCAAAUAACUGACCUGAUUAUUUAAGAAUAUGCGAAACUUGGUGUUCUGUUAACUGGACAGAUAUAUAUAGGAACAAUAUACCUUAAUGAAUUGUUGUGUCACAGACUCGAUUUUAUUCCUACCUACUUCGGUCUAGGCAGUCAGUGUUUUUAGCUCCCUCAAAAAAUAUCUCAUCCCAGUGCAAGAACUAUUACUAGGUUGGAUAAAAGUAUUCCAAAUAUAUCGGCGAAAAUUGUUCCGGCAUCGUAAAGGGAAGUCACGAUACAAAAUAAAGGAUCAGUAGUGACGUCAAGAGUGCUGGGUAACCAAACAAGAACUAUAGUCUACACGCAACCAAUAAAACUGAAAAGCGAGUAACAUGAAGUGACAUUAAGCUUCAAGUUUUGAGUAGUGGAUAUAUGCAUCCAUAUCAAUUUCGACCUGUCAGUUAAGAUCCCCAAUUAAUCUCUCGUCAGAAAACUUGCUUUUUCCUGCGCAGCAGACCAGUCCAGGAUUUCAUGGGCUUGUGAUGUAGUCCUGUUAUUCUAAAGUAAGACCUUUGUUGUACAGAUUCGUUCGUAAUUUUGCUACCAACGACUUAUAAAGUAAUAUCUAUCGUCAUUGUAUUAGACAUGGUGGAUCGACUAUUUGAUCGCUUCUUGCUAAAUGUUAUAAGGGUGAUUUGGCAUGGUGACUUAAUCUGACCGGUAUUUAUCUCAAUUUUUAUGUUGAUUUGUUAAUGACUUUCGUCCUUGAUUAUUUAUUGAAUGACUAACGAGUAAUCACUAGUUAUAGUAUUCUAGCUGAAUGUAUAUAGUUUCCUAAUAUAUUUCUACAUACUCAGCCAACAAGUGUUUCUGUCUUCUGAAUUCUACUUGGUUUCGUGAUCAAAUUGUCAGUCCAACUACCUCAGAUAUAUCAGUACUCUUCAGAGUCAAUUGUUCUGCCAUUUUGCUUUGUAGAGGAUUUCUUACCGCUUCAUUGCAUCAAGUUUUGUAAUUUGGAACAAUAAAACCUUAGCCACGUUCUAUUAAUAUUUUGUAAUUAUGAGGAUGAAAUUCUAGUACUUGUGUUUCUAAAUAUUUUCGCGCAAUUUCGGGAAUUUAUAUCCUCGUAGACAGCAUAAUUUAAGUAUUUUGUAAGAAAAUGUUAUGUAUCUCUUCAUAUUUCUUGAGAAUAUUUUUGCUUAUGUUUUUACAGGAAUGGAGGAAGAUGAUUUGGUUGCUAUGGUCAUGGAACAGUCCAGACGUGAAUACCUUGAAAGUAUGCGUAAUAAACAAAAACCUCAUUUUACUGCCAGUCGCUUUUCACCAGAAUCAACUCCCUCAAACUUCAAUGAGUGUGAAUCUUUUCAGAAAAUUGACGAAGAAUCGCCUUCUGAAAUGUCGAAUAACAAACCAGACAAAAUCCAUGAUAACCCUGCUAAUUUAAAUGACAGUUACUAGAUAGUUUUUCUCAAAAGCUAGGUGUGCCUUCCAGUUUUCAGUGAAUUCAAUGCCAUUAUUACUUGUGAUGUAUAGACGACUGUCUUUCUCUUGUUUACUUGAUCUUGACUUUAGCGAAUAGACUGCUCAAGCACCCAAUACACUGUACUUCCACUGCUGACUUAGGUUUAUUUGUACUAAAAAUCUGUCCCAAAAGUUGCUUCCGCAGCAUCACUGUACCUUGUAAUUAUAAACCUUCGUUUACGUUAAAACACUUGUGUUGAUUUUUGAUCUUCAUUCUUUCCAAAGCUUACUGCGAUAAAAUUGUUCAUUAUGCACCUUGAGGUUCUGCCAGAAUUUGUGGUGCAUCAUUAUACCAUAUUUUUGUCAGUUUGGUGAAGAUGGAUAUCUACAUCCCUAUUUAUUUAGCCAUCUAUUAGAUUGAAAACGCUAAUGUAACAUUUUAGAAGGUGCCUCACUUUAUUUUUCGAAUAAUUUUGUGUUAAUAAGUUCUCAAGUUGCUCCUUUGCUUGUCAUCGAUACAUUUCUGCUAUUCACAAACUGUAUAUAAUUUCAUUGAUGUAACUGAAACACUUUGUUCAGUUGGUAAUUUACUUUGUGUUAUUUUAUCUUAAUUUCUGGUUGUUCCAAUUCUACCAAGUCCUGAUUAACUGUCGAGUAGUUUUUGAAUAGAGUUUAUUUAUGUAAAUAACAGUUAGUGUUACGUAGCUAUAAAGAAAUGGGAAUAGUAACAAGGUUUCAUUGAUGCGAUAAGGUAUCAAAAUAUGAACUGUUUCGUUCCAUUAAGUUUUAUAAACGGCAGUUUGUGUUUCAUAAAUCUUCACUACAUUCUUACAGGAUGAACUAAUAGUAUGAAAUUUAUAUGUUGUGUAAAUAUGAACAUUCAUAUGUAAAACUUAGCACUAGAAUUAUGAGAACUAACCAAUUAAUGUCGAAUCAUAAUUAAUCGCAAAAAGCUUAUGAAUCUCUCUCCCUGAGUCCCAACUUUAUUUCAUAACUGCUAUUCCUUGAAUUCAUUCUUUCCGCAUUGUAUUCCCCAAAUGUUUAGUCUUUUUAACUAUAUCUGAAGCUUUUGUUAUUUGUUUUCUUAAUCUCAUCUGUGUAUUUUUAUAAUACAACUUGGGCCUAAGGA